UUUUAAUGUCAGGAGAUUUUUCACACAAUGGCAGAAGAUAUUAGUUUAAGAAAGCUUUAAACAUAAUCGAAAACUAAAAGUAACAUAUUGUGGAAAGUAUUGAUCAAGAACUUGAGUGGAAUAAAUUACUAAAAAAAAAUCUUCGAACGAUGUCUGUUUCUCCAUCGCCCUUCCAAUAAAUAGACUAUGGCUAAGAAAGAAGAAGGGCCCGAUCAGGCCAGGGCAUGGGCCAUUGCUCUGGCGGCUUGUGUGAUCAACGCUCUGCUCUCUGGAAUCAGCAGAACUACCGGGCUGUUCUAUGUGGCGCUCAUCGACACCUACGGGGUCUCCAGGCUAGAAGCUAACCUCCCGUUUACACUUAGGAACGUAAUUAGAAAUUUGGGAGGUCCUCUUGCAGGUGCCAUAGGACAGAAAUAUGGAGUUCGUGAGAUCACGAUCGUUGGUGGAAUUUUCGCUGCUUCUGGAAUUAUCCUGUGCACUUUUGCUCCUGAUGUCAUCUGGAUCUGUGUUCUGUGGGGAGGAAUGCACGGUUUCGGCGUUGCUUUGGGAAACACUCUAUUCCAAGUCGUAGUCAACCAGUACUUCUCGAAGUACCGUGCGACUGCUAAUGGCUUGGCUCUGUCUGGAGCUUGCGUGGGAUCCUUUAUAUUUCCAGUGGUGCUCGAAUACAUGUUGGCGCAUCUGGGGCUCUCCGGAACCUUCUUGGUUGCAGGUGCUUUCAUCCUGCACGUUUUGCCUGCUGGGAUAAUGAUGAAGGAGCCUCCGUGGAUUAGAAGACAGAUGAUAAUCAGACGAGAUUUGGAAAAAUCAGCACCAAAAGUACCACCGUUACAAAAGAGAGAAAAAAUUGUUUCAACGGUGCAGUCAAUGUCAGUAAUUAGUGAAGGAAAAGUAACAGAUGAAGAACUGACCAACAUGACUUGGCGAAAGAUAUCGUCUGAGGUACCACCAAACACAAAACAGGAUUCUAAGGAAAAUGGAGAGCUUGUAAUAAAAGCUUCUAUUGGGAGAGAUAAUCCAGCGUUUGUUGGGUCAAGUCUGGACUUGAAUGAAAAGAAGCCAAAUAAGAUAUCUUCUGACUUAGAAACUCAAGUUCGCAUGCGAACAAUUUCCAUUGGAGAAUCGAGCAUCGUCGUCGUGACCCCCGACAACCAACAAGAAACUUCCAUCCAGAAAGGAAUCAUCAAAGUCGUCAAAGACCCCAUGUUCCACAUGAUAAGCCUCUCUCUGGCAGCUUUCGCCAUGCUCUUCGAUCCCACAAUAACAGUCAUCAUCGACUACGUAAAGGACAAAGGCUUGGACUCGGAAUCUGCGAAAUAUUUCAUCAGUUUGAUGUCUUUGGGGGACCUCCUGGGUAGACUCUGCUUCGGUUGGGUAACGGAUAAAAAUUACCUGUCCAUUCCACGUUUUAUGCUGUUGCUGCAUAUUCUGCAAGGGGGUUGCUUCCUGCUCUUACCUAUGUUUUACCGGUUUGACGUCUUGAUGGCCCUCAUAUUUGUGUACGGAGCGGCUUCUGGAGCGAAUCUGGUCAUGUUUCCGAUUUUGGUCGCGAAAUAUCUGGUUUCUGUGCAGUCACUUGCUAUUGGGUUCAUCUCAGUAGUCUCAGGAAUAAUGUCGUUUGGAAUACCUCCUCUCAUUGGUUACUUCCGGGACGAAAUCGGAUCCUAUAACGGCAUGUUCUACAUAACUGGUUGGUUAUCUGUGGUAGUUGGCUGCCUCUGGUUAACAGAACCUCUUUUAGUAAGACUAAGAGCUCGGUUGGACAAAACUCACAGAAGUGCUUCUGUAACGAUCAACCCUUGAAUCUCAAAAAAGCUUCUAAGAACAAGACUUACAGCGUUUUUUCACACCAAGUUUUAUUCUGAAGUGAAAAAAGAUUUUUAAAAAAGGAACAGCUCUGCAAACGUAUUUGGAUUAUUUUUAAUGCAAUCUAUUUGUAUGUUAAAAAAAUCAAAUAAGCAAGAAACUUAAAAUAAAUAAAUAAGUUCUCGUGCUAAGUAUUGCCACGAAAAAGUAUUUUCGAAACUUUUUCUGACUUAUUUUUGGUUUUCUUGUGAGUAAAUAAUGAACCAAAGACUUGUGUAUAAUGAAUGAAAUUUUGUUUGGUGCAUUUGUUAUGACGAACUGUUUUAGUGUUGCAAUUUUUAUUCUUCCAUUUAAGAAGUAUUAAACUACAUUUUAAAU